AUGCUCUGUGUCCUGACCUCCCUACUCUGCCUUGCCUGGGAUUAUGAAGGAGGCGUUUGCCACCUGGGUUCCUGUCUCUCUUUUUCAGGAUUGUUUUUGGGUCACAGGAGCUGGGCACAAACUGGAACACACCACAAGCCCUCCAUCCAGGCACUGCCGGGUCCUGUGAUUCCCCAGGGGACUUCUGUGACCAUCAUCUGCAGGGGCCCUCCCAGGGUGGCUCGGUACCGUUUGGGACAAGCAGGAAGCUCUCAGGUGUGGUAUGAGGAGAACCCGCAAAGGCCCUGGGAAGAGGCCCGUUUCCUUUUCCUAUCAGUCACGAGCAGCUAUGCAGGGUCUUAUACCUGUCAAUACGAGAAGAAGUCGAGCUGGUCGGAGUUUAGCGAUCCCUUGGAGCUGGUGGUCACAGGUGUCCUCAAUGAUAAACCUUCGCUCUCUGUCCAUCCUCACUCCAUAGUGCCUUUAAAAGGAAAUGUGACCCUCCUCUGUGACUCAUGGGUCACUUACGACAAAUUUGUUCUGUCCAGAGAUGUAGGAACAGCUUCCAUAGAAUAUGUUAAACAGAGCCUGGGAAAAUUCCUUUUCUCUCCUGUGAGCCGAGCUCACGCAGGCAUCUACCACUGCUAUGGUUCUUUCAGGAGCUCCCCGUAUGAGUGGUCAGCCCCCAGCAACUACCUGGAGCUCAUUGUCACAGGAGUGUAUCAGAGACCCCAAAUCUUGCUCCAGCCAGAUGCUGUGCUGAAGUACCCUAAGAACAAGACCCUGUCGUGCAUCUCAAAGACCUGGUUUGACUCAUUCCAUCUGUCCAAGGAGGGUGAUGCUGGUCCACCGCAGCACCUGAGAUCAGAGUACAAGGCUGGGCUGUUCCAGGCCACCUUCCCACUGAGCCCUGUGACCCUGGCCCUCGGAGGCACCUUUCGAUGCUACGGCUCUCUAAGCACAGUCUCCUCUCUGUGGUCCAGUCCCAGUGACCCUCUGGUACUGGAGAGCAGAGGGCCUGUCCCUUCACAUCACACUGCAGAGAACACCCUCCGGCUGGGCCUGGGUGGUGUGUUUCUGUCGCUCCUGCUGGGGCUGCUGGUGGAAGCCCGGCUGAGCAGGAAGGACAUGCAGCAGUCUGCCCGGAGACUACCCUUCUGAUUCAGCCACCCUGAACUCUGGAAAUCUGGAUGGCUACCCCCAAGACCCCAGUAACUGGCUCUGAGAGCAUAUCUAGGCCAUGGGCUGUCCAAACUCUGUUUGGGGGUCCCUGGUGGGAGCAGAGAUGGAGGAACAUUGCCCAGAGUUUGUAGAAGCUCCUGAAGAGGUUGGGUCAUUCCUGUGACAAAUUUCUCAGCCUUUUUCUCACUCACUAGGUCUUUUGCAGGGGAUGACCCCAAAGCUGAGACUAAUAGAAAUUUCCAAAGGUAGGGCUAGAUGCUCUGCCAGACAUUCAUGAGUAGGACUCACUUCACCAGGCAGAAGGGGACCAUUCAUUGCUCAAUUUCCAGACCAGCAACCUUCUUCCUUGAGUGUAAUGUGCUGUGUUCCAGCUUCCUUCUCUCAGCAACUGCCCUGGUUGCUGAGAUAAGCCCAAGAGAAGUCUAAUGGUGGCCUGACAUUUCUGCAUAUCUUGAUAACUGAAGUCAUGCACCAAGAGUGGCCAAUUUUAUCUUCCAGAUCACUGUAAUGGCCUCUCCAUGCUCUGCUCCUGCUCUCCCGACUUAACACAGGUAAAGGCAUAAAAAAGGACAAGGGAAUGUUUUACAAGUGUUCUCUUUAACACCCCCGUCCUCUUCAGGAAUUAAAACCUGCAUACCUUCCUGCAGCCGGUAAGCAACAGGGCAGACUUUGCUGUUUAUUUUCUAGUAUCUUAAACCACAAGAAAUCGCUGAACAGAAUUGUCCCAACAAACGUCAGGAGAUUGCCAUCCCUGGAGAUAAAGGUUGACCAAAACUAACAAUUAUUGUUAAAACAACAGCCUGAAGCUACAACCUGUGACACUGGUCACUUAUACCCAAGUUCAACCACCGAAAGCUGCCCCCCUUUAAAAACUCUGUAUUUCUGCUUAAAAACAGGGAUAGGAGCCUUUGAGAUGAGACUCUAGUCUCUCCGCCUUCCUCAUUUGCUGGCAAAUUAAUAAACUUCUCUUUCUUUUUCCUCCAACCACUUGUCUUCAUUCUUCUUUCUCACUGACUUUGCCUUUGGACAAGUACUAAACUUUCAGUAACAAGGAUGCUUGAAUUUUGAAGACUUGGGUCUUAGCAGGGCCACCAUGGCAUGGCCCUGGGGGGACACAUGGGCCCACCUUCAUCAUGACCUGAGACAAGAUCCCCUACAAUAUGGUCAUGAGAAUAACAGCAAAAGCAAAAGGGAAUGUUGUACAUACAAUAUGCCAAGGAAGAAAACUUGAAAUAAUGUGAUGACAUCUGUUUACCUCUCAGAUAAAUUUAACAGCUAUUAACAUUGUAUCCAUUUCUUCCUCCAAUAUUUUUCUGAAGCAUUUUGGCAAUACCUGCAGAUAUCUUGACAUUUGUCCUCUAAAUUCUUAAUUUUUUAAUUUUUUAAUUUUUUGCAGUUUUUGGCUGGGGCCUGGUUUGAACCUACCACGUUGGGUACAUGGAGCCGGCACCCUACUCCUUUGAGCCACAGGGGCCACCCUAAAUACUUAAUUUUUUUAGUAGGUACCUUUUAAACACAGUAAGUUUUUCUCCCAUAAUCAUGAGACAUAGCAAAAUUAAUAAUUCCUUAAUAUCAAAUUCUGCCCAAUCUAUUCAAAUUUCCCUGGUAAUUCCCCCACACAUCUUUUGCACAUGGAUUGUUCAAGCCGGGGUACAGGAAAGAACUACAAGUUACCUUUGCUUGUUACAUCUCUUUUUCCUCUAGAUCCGCUUCCUUCACAACUGACACUUCCCCCCAAAUUACUUGGGGGAAGUUAAUCAAAAGGGACAUUAAGAAAAGGGCUUCCAGGGGGACGGGAGGAAAACCUGGCCUGCUAAACAAGGAAGUUUGGAGGGCC